AUGGGACUUAAAAGUGUGUGCCUUAUGAUUUCUUGUGCUCUUCUGGCUUGGUAUAUGCAUACAACUUACUCAGCAAACUGUGAACAAUCCUGGAAGAUAAGGAUGAUUCAUUCUUUUAUUGAAACUUCUCAACUUAUGCUACCGACCAGCUCCAAAACAUCCCAUCCAACUCAUUGGAAUGAUGCUUAUGAUUUUGUGAAACAUUUCCUACAACCUGAAACUCUUGCCAAAUUUGGGGAUCCAACCAGAAUCUGCAUUUCAGGAGACAGUUCUGGGGCUAGCUUAGCAGCAUCUAUGACAAUGCAGAUCAUGAGUGACCCUGAUAUUGCCAUUAAGCCUAAAAUUCAGGUUUGAAUUUACCCCGGCUUGCAAAUGCUUGACACAGACUUGCCAUCCUAUAGGGAAAAUGAAUUUGGUGUAAUGUUAACCAAAACUUUGGCAAUAAAAAUUAUGAGAGACUAUUAUACCACUGAUGAAUCCCUAGAGCAAGGCAUGAAGACUAACCAACAUAUACCUGCUGAAUAUAGCCAUCUCUUCAAGCUUGUCAACUGGAGUACCCUACUUCCUGAGAGGUUUAAAAAAGGCCAUGUGUAUAACAACAGAAUUUAUGGAAAUUCUGAAAUGGUAGAAAAGUUUCCAGGGAUCGUAGAUCCUAAAACAAACCCAUUGAUAGCCAAUGAUUCAAUAUUAAGCCUUCUACCACUAACAUACAUACUCACAUGUCAACGUGAUGUCUUAAGAGAUGAUGGGCUCAUGUAUGUUUCCUGCCUACGCAGCAAUGGAGUCCAAGUGUUCCAUGAACACAUUGAGAAGGGCUUCCAUGGGUCUUUUUUGUUCAUUACUUGGCCACUUAAUUUAGAUCUUAGUCUGAGAUUAAGAGAUAAUGCAAUUAGUUGGAUAAAUGAUAAUUUAUAA